GCACAUACGUUAAAGACAGCGAUAUGGAUGGGUUGGGUCUGUGCCCUUACGAUCCACGGCACAACAGCACCGCAGUAUUCGCUGAGGGACAGCUAUACGCCGCAACAGUGGCCGACUUCUCUGGCGGCGAGCCGCUAAUUCACAGGGAAAGCAUUCGCACAGAGCGCUCGGAUCUCAACCAGCUAAACGGGCCGAAUUUCGUGAGCUCGUUCGCCUACGAGGACUACGUGUUCUUCUUCUUUCGGGAGACCGCCGUCGAGUUCAUGAAUUGUGGCAAGGCGGUGUACUCGCGGGUCGGUAGAGUGUGCCAGCACGACAAGGGCGGACCUCAUGCGUUCAGCGACAGAUGGACGAGCUUCCUGAAAGCGAGGCUCAACUGUUCUGUGCCCGGCGAAUACCCUUUCUAUUUCAAUGAAAUACAAUCGACCAGCGACGUCACGGAGGGCGUUUACGCCGGUGAACACGCACGACUUGUUUACGGGGUGUUCACAACCCCCGUGAACUCGAUCGGCGGUUCGGCCGUCUGCGCGUUCUCUAUGAAGAAUGUCCUCGAUGUCUUCCAAGGUGCGUUCAAGGAACAAGAAACCAUAAACAGCAAUUGGCUGCGUGUACUUCCGGAUAAGGUGCCCGAGCCGCGGCCCGGUGCAUGCGUAAACGACUCCAGAACGCUUCCAGACGUGACCGUGAACUUCGUGAAAGCACACCCCCUCAUGGACGACGCGGUUCAGUCCUUCUUCGCGUUCCCUGUGAUAACCAAAGUCAGCUUCAAUUACAGAUUUACCAAAGUCGCUGUAGAUGCUCAGGUAAAGGCACUGGAUAGUAAGGCCUACGACAUCCUCUACAUAGGAACAGACGACGGACGGAUUCUCAAAGCGUUGAACACUCGUGCGCCCGAUUCUCUGAACAACGUCGGCCAAGUUAUCGUGAGCGACGUUCAGGUGCUGAAAUACGGACAAGCGAUCAAGGACCUGCUGGUGGUCCACCUGGCAGGCGAGGCGAGUAAAUUGGUGGUGUUCGCCGACUCCGAGAUCCGUGCGGUUCCUCUUCAUCAUUGCGAUGCCCCGGCGGCGUCCACGUGCGCAGCAUGCGUGGCUCUUCAAGAUCCCCAUUGCGCCUGGGACGUGACGAAAAAUCUGUGCGUGGCUGUCGCCACCAAACUCCACGACAGCGACGCCGACAAGACCCUGUUCCAGGACGUCACGAACGGGAAGCACAAGGGCUGCGGCUACGAACUAGAGAUGGCGAAGCCCGUGCAACCAGCGGUUCCGUCCGAAAUCGGGCGCGGCGAGCAGCCCGUUGAACGGGAAAAUGAAAUCGUCAUCGAGCUGGAUCCACAAACUCAGUACGGUCGUACGCAGCCACGAGCUAACGAGCCUCAAGACGUGAUCGCGACGCCGGUGGUUUACUCGGCCCAGACCCUGACCGGUGCUCUGAUAGGGACCUGCUUCUUCUCGCUAGUAGCGGGUUUCGCUUCCGGGUUCUGGUUCUCGCAGAGGCUGCGAGGCGCGCCGUAUCCGGAGCCGUCGGAGCAACGGCAGCAGCUGAACAGAUUGACCGAGAGCUCGGAGUCGCCGGGCUUCAACAACAAGUCCAUCAACCUGGUGCUGAACGUGCCGACGAAGAACCCGAACGGGAAAAACGCGAACUCUUCGGCGGAGAACAAGCCGGUGCAGAAGGUCAAGAAGACGUACAUAUGAUACAGAAGGCGACACAGGGCCGUCUGAGGCUUGCCGCAGGACCCCACGGGUUCCGGCUCUUCUUCUUUCUCCUCUUCCU